GUGGGGCAGGUACUGGUGAAACUGACUGAGCGCCGCGGUCCGGGUGGAUGGAGCCGCGUCUCUGGGCGUGAUUGUCCUGAAAGACCGAGCUCAGUUUUCGUUCUUCUGUAACCAUCACCAUGACCCUGACAAAGGGCUCCUUCACCUACUCCAGUGGGGAGGAAUACCGUGGCGAGUGGAAGGAGGGCCGCAGGCAUGGCUUCGGUCAACUGAUGUUUGCAGAUGGUGGCACCUACCUGGGUCAUUUUGAGAAUGGGCUUUUUAACGGCUUCGGGGUGCUGACCUUCUCAGAUGGGUCAAGGUAUGAGGGGGAGUUUUCCCAGGGCAAGUUUAACGGUGUCGGAGUCUUCAUUCGACACGACAACAUGACCUUUGAGGGGGAAUUUAAAAAUGGUAGAGUCGACGGUUUUGGCCUACUAACUUUCCCGGAUGGCUCCCAUGGUGUGCCACGCAAUGAAGGCCUAUUUGAGAAUAACAAGCUGCUGAGGCGUGAGAAGUGUUCAGCCAUCAUCCAACGGGCCCAGGGUGCCUCCAAGUCGGCCAGGAGCCUCACUGCCUGACGGGGUCCUGGGCACCAGCUGGCGAGGAACUGGAAGGCGAAAGGCCUCGCUGUGCAGCCUCUGUGAACUAGCGGGGCAGAUCAGAGCCACCAGCAGAACCGUGGAGAAGCAGCCCAGCACUGCAGUCCUCCCUGUGGGUCAGGUGCUCUCUCAGUCACAGGAAAUGGUGAAGGGGCUGGCUCGUGGGCCCUGCCGCCUUGGCCAGCAGUCUUGCCAUUUCUUCCUCCUCAUGUGAACAAGGAAGAGGAAAAGCCACCUUGACUCCCUUGUUACCUUAUUCCUACGCCUUAGGAUUACCCAGUGCACACCACCUGUGGCCUGUUCCCACCUUCGGCCGAGUGACAGAGAAUCACCUCUUCACUCUGGCUUUACAAGGGAAAGAUGUGCCCCUGCGAAGAGUGGUGAGAGGGCUGGUGACCUUGGCUUUGGCUGGACAGGCUGUUGUCCUUCCCCUGCAGCAGAUACUCCCCCACGGGGCCUCUCUCUUCUUAGCUGUCAGCCAGGAACCCUUGAUGGGAUCAUCAGGAAAGACACACGUAUUAGUCAUUUAUCCAACCUGUAUUUGUUGCUUGCACCAGGGCAAAGGGCAGAGGGAAGCAGGUCACCUGACAUCCCCCAGGCAGGGAUGGCGUGCGCUGAUGGUGUGUCAGCAUCAGCCACACCACCUGCAUCCUAGGACUGUGGUGGACUAAGGGACAUGGCUCCCUGCCUUUGGUUCACUGUGACUCUUCUGCCAUGUGGCCUGGGAUCGGCUCUCUGCUGAUAGGAUUCCUGCCCAAUUGUUACCCUGUGACCCACACACUCGUCCCAGUCCUGAUCCUCACACUGCUUGUCCCUCGGCAGUAGUUUGUGGUGGAAAUCAUAGCCGUGUGCCUCUAUUUAUUCACUGAAUUGUACUGUACAACAAGUGUUCGUGAAGAAUAAACAAAUCACAAGAACU